AAUGAGUUAACGAGAUCUGAGUAAUUUGAUUACAAUAAAUCCUAACGAUCCCCAACAAUAUUAAGACUUAUUGGCUUAUUAUAGAUCUAAAUUAGGAGAAUUUGAGAAGGAAAGAUUUGAAUGGUUAACAAAAUUGGAGGAAAUCAAAAUUUAAUAUGAAGAUAAACAUUAAUAAGAAUGGGAAUUAUUAAAAAGGAAAUAAGAAAUAAAAGAGUUGUAAUAAACAGUAGGAGAAGCAAAAGUAUGAAUAAAAUUUAAGAAUUUAGUUAAUGUUAUUUGAAGAAAGAUAAGCUAGAUUGAAGUUGUAAAAGGAGAAUGAUGCUCUUAAAGUGAGAGAAUUAGAAGAUAAGAAGAAGAUUGCAGAAUUAAUGGCUAUGAUUGAACCAAUAGAGGAAUAAGUAGUAUUAUAAAAAGAUUUAAGACCUGAAGUAACUACAAAAUAUACAGGUGAUACAUUAGCUGUAAGAGAGAAACAAGGAAAGUAUAUUAAAUGUAUUAAACAAUUUAGUGUUAAGAUGCACAAUAUAAAUUAAGGAAGAAGUAUAUUAAAAACAGUUUAUAUGCCAAAUGAAUAGUUAAAUGCUUAUUAAUUGGAGAAUGAGAAUUUGAAAAAAUAAGUUGAAAAUGCAGAAACUAUGUUGACUUAAUAAUUUGCAGCUUUGAGAGAGGAAUUGAGAGCAAAAGAAGUUGAAACUAAUUUAAGAAUAAAAGAAGAUUAAUAAAAAUUAGAUUAAUUGGUUUAAAAAAUAUAAAAAUUAGAAAAAUAAAAUGUUGAACUUGUUAAAGGUAUAUAUUAUAUAUAUAUAUAUUUUAUAGAUUGUUAUGUAUUAAAAUAAAAGUUUUAAAAUAAGGAGAAAUAAAUGUAAGAAGAUUUAGAAGUAUCAAAAUUGAAAAAUAAAAAAUUGAAAAUGGAAUUAGAUUAAAUUUAAAGAAAAUAUAAUGUUGAAAAUAAAACAGCUUUAGAAUUACUUGAAAAAAAGUCUGAUGAAUAUAAUAAAAAAUUUAGAAGUCAAAUAAAAUCAAAAGAUGAAUAAUUAUCUAUUAUUAAAGAAUAAUAUGAAUAAGUUUAGAAUAUUUAUAUUAACAAAAUAUAAUAAUUGGAAGAGAAUCUAUCAAAAUUAAUUGAAAAGUAUUAUAUUAUUUUAAUUAGAUAUUAAUAAUUGGAAAAGAGAAGAUCCUUAGAAAUUGAAGGAUUUAAAAAUGAUAUUAAAAUUUUGACUAAAAAAGUAAAAGAUUGUGAAAAAUCAUAAGUUGAAAAAUAAAAUGAAAAUAAAUCACCAGAAGAAUUAGCUAAAUAUUAAGAAGAAGCAUAAUAAAUGAAAUAAUAAUUAGCCAAAGAGACUGGUAUUAUAUAUUCUUCUGGAAAAAAAAAUAAUUCUAAUAAUUAACAAUAAACUAUUAAACUUAAGGGUAAUUAAUAAAGAGGUGCAUCAAAAACAAUGAAAUAAAGUAAUAAACAAACUAAUAAGGGAUUUAAUAAUUAAAGUAAUAUUAUAAAUUUGAUUUUAUAGAUUAAAUUGAUUAGAAAGAAGAUGAUGAUGUAUCAGAAUCUGUUCCUAUGCAUGAAUUAGAAGAUCUUCAACGAUAAUUAGAUGAAUUAUAAUAUCAAAUGGAUAAAGCAAAGAAACAAUGAA